AUGGCCCCCCCCUUACCCUACCGUUCUUUGGCGCCGCUUUACCGUCAGUUCCUUCGGGCCUGUGAAAAGACGUUCCGUGGAGACUACGAGGCGCAAAGCACCAUCUACAGACAAAUGCGGGAUGUUAUUCGCUACAACACCCUGAAGUUGUCUGAGGAAGAUCUGAACAAAGAACUAAAAAUGGCCAUUGAUUUUGUUAGAUACCACAUUGUUCAGGCGGAGCUCAAUGAGAAGACGGGGGCAUACAAGGCAGUAGUAACGGACGACCACAUACAGAAAGGGGACGUUAUCAACUUGAACGAAAUAGAUCCUAUGAAGCUCGAGAGGCUGCCUUGGCUCAAGGAGCCAGAAGAGGCCAAGUUUUAA